AUGUAUACUUUUACUUUAAAAGAUAUCAACGAGUGUUCCAGUGAUCCCUGUGUAAACGGUGGUAGUUGUACUGACCGAGUGAACAGUUACGUUUGUGCUUGUCAGCCUGGAUUCGAAGGACUCCGUUGUGAGACGAAUAUCAACGAAUGCCUCAGCAGCCCUUGCUCAAACGGGGCGAUAUGUGUUGAUCAAGUAAAUAGUUACGUAUGUAAUUGUCAAGCUGGAUUCGCAGGCAUGCAUUGUGAAACAGAUAUCAACGAAUGUUCCAGUAAUCCCUGUUUAAAUGGAGGAGUGUGCAAUGACCAGGUUAAUGGGUAUGGUUGUGCCUGUUCCGCUAAAUACACCGGAGCGCGCUGCGAAACGAAGCGCUUUGUAAAUAUUUUCAUCCGAAGUGAAGGUUGCAAUGAUCCAGGAGUACCUCCCAAUACAUGUGGUAUUGCUUACAUCAGGGUGGACGGCACAGAAUAUUCACCACAGAACCGCGGACACAACGUUGUUGUUGUGGACGGUGCAACAGGUGUCUUCCUUGCAGCAAGAGCAUUUGAUACUCAUGCAGAUAGUUCGAGCGGAAAUAAUUUGAGAGACUACCUCAAAAGCCUGAGCGGCAAUAAGAUCGUUUUGGUUGCUAUUCAAGAUUCAGCCUCCGAGUACAUGUCACCUGCAACUGACGCACUCAAGAGACUGGGUGCCACUGAUCCUCUACAGGCAAACUACCGAGAUUCCUUUGCUUUUGCUGGAUACGCGGGAGUGAACAAACCACAGUGGAUUACGCAGAAAAGAGCAGACAGAUACCAGGGACCUAGUGAGAUAUUUCCGCAAAUACCCUUGUCAGUUGAUCAAUAA